AUGAUUUCCAAACAGCAUCAGCGUGCUCUGUUGUAUGCUGGACCUGAAGCAGAGGCCACGAAAGCCCCUCCUACGGAAAGCUUUGGAGAACCUCUUCCAGAAUGGCAUACAGCGAUACCGACCUGGGGUGUUGCUUGGAAAAUCUACCAAUACGGACUGGGUGCUGCAUUCGGAAUGCUUAUGAUUCUAACCACAGCCCUUAUUCUGGGAGCUCUGUCGUCAAACAGAAGUAGAAGACCCAAAAAGGCUUCUUUGAUAGUGUUAGUCUUGCUUUUUAUGUUUGGCUUGUCGCGCUGUUUAUAUCUGUUCAUUGAUGCAUACAGUACGAAACAAAUUUUGCCAAAAGCAGUUGUAAACUUGUUGUGGAGUUUAGGCAACCCUUGCAUCAUCACGGCCUAUACACUCAUAUUUUUGGUGUUGAAGAACAUAUUUGUGCUAAGAGAACGAUUCAUGGUGUGGUAUACAACAAAAAACACUUUAAUUAUUACAGUUCCCUAUUUUUCACUCCAGCUAGUUACUGAAGUAACUCUGCUCUAUGUACCGAAUAUGAACGCACUAACUUUUAUCUGCCAACUGGUUUAUGUGCUUCUCAGCUUAUUGCUCUCGUUCUUUUACUCCUUCAUCGUAUACCUACUUUGGAAAAAUUUCAGUGCGGCAAAUUUUCAAGGAAGAGUGGAAAAAAGUCUACAAAAUUUUGCGUGGACCGUUUCGAAAAGUAAUCCGCGCGGAAAACGAACUCGCUCCAUUCUUAAAACUUGCGUCGCGGCCGUUCUUGGAGGCGUUACACUCUGUGUACUUCAAAUUUACUCCAUGACUGGAGUCUACGGGGUUUUCUCGGACGCCAUUUAUGUUGAAGCCUGGCCUUGGUUGAUCUUCAAUUUUGCCACGAGAGUUUUGGAGUUGUUUCUCUCUUUCGUGUUAUUCAGUGCCGCUUGCACACAACCAACACAACGUCAACAAAGCCAAUCAUCUUCCGUAAGCUUGACGGCUUUAUACCAUAGGCGCCCACGACAAGAAACCAGGGUGAUUUCCGUCUCACCCAACGCGAUUGGCGUUACAGUUUCAAAAACGAAAGGAACUACUACAUUUUAAAAGUUUUUUUUAUCUGAAAAGCAGACCUGCGUCAAUGCUCUGGCACCGGAAGAUUAUAUUUGAGGGUCUCAAUGAGAUUUAAUGGGGUAGGAGAGCCUAAAAGUUUAGUUGUUAGGAGUAAAAGUUGACAAAUUGUAACCGUUCUUCGUAAAAAAAAUUGAGCGUAAAAUAUUUUCACAUCUACGAUGUGUCAUUUUGAAAGUGUCUUAGACUCUCUCUGUUAAGUGUGCUGUCAUGUAGCUAAUGUUAUUACGACAGUUAUAUAUUUUAUCUUGGCAUCGGAGACAUUUUAAAAUGAAAAUAUGAAAAUUAAUUGCUAACUUUUUAAAAUGGUCGAAAUUUAUAUUUGACAUUUCUGUCAGCCUUAAACGGAAAGAAAUUAAAUGUUAGCCGUAAAAUGGGCAAAAUUUGAACUGUUAACCGUAAAAGCCAUCACCCCAUUAAAACCCUCAAGAAAGCUAAAUGCAUGAACACAAAUGAAGAAAAACAAGAAUUUUUUUUUUUAAUCCUGUCUGGAUCUCUUUGUUUCGGCUGAAUACAACGGCCUUCUUAUACUUAAUUAAGAUUCUCACAGCUGAGAGAAAAUUCCGGAGAAGUUUUAAUAGAAAUAUACGAGAUUUCAUCAGGGAAAUUGGUUCGUGUGAACUCGAUGUUUUUACGGAUCAUGCAGUUAAAUUGGGAAUGUUUUUUGUAAUUUUUUUUUAGUACUGUUAUUAUUUUCAAUAUCGUAAUCUAUACUUUUUGAAGCGGCGUUUUUACCUUAUUUGUUUGGUAUAGGUAUAUUUUGCUAAGCUUUUUUCAAACUUUGAUCGAUCGUGACAACAAACACAAAAAUUUCCCACCACUGUUAAUUGCUGCAUUCAAGCUCAUUCAGAUUGAAAAUCACCAUCUUUUGCCAUAUUUGUAUCACAACAACAUUUAUUUCACAGUACGUCAUGACGGUAAAACUAACUCACAUAGCAUUAGACCUUGUAUAGUAAAAAUCAGUCAUGCACUCACCGCCAAUGUAAAAAUAUAUGUAUAUUCGACACUGUGAUUCUACCGUUUGAUUUCUAUUUUCAUCAGAGUCAUGUAGAUGGAGGCAUGAGUGAUUAGAUUAAAGCAGUUUGAUAACUGUACUGUUUACAUUUGGCGUUAAAUGAUGUUUGAUAUAGAGAGAAAUCGCUUAUCCGGUCCCACCGAGAUAACGAUAAACUGCGUCACGUUCACUGCAUGAAAUUAUCAACAGAGCACGUUUGACUAAAGUAAUGCAGAUAUUCAGGAUAGCCUUUACUUAUGGAUGUUUUUCGAAAAUUGCAACCGGGAUAAAAAAAAUCAUCAGGAAGAAAAAUAAUCUUAAGAGUACUGUUUCAAACUGGAUUUUCCAAUAUUGAACGCGUAUGAAAAUCAAAUAUAUAUUCCUCAAAGAAACUCAUUACACGAGAAAAACGAACCUCUGAGAUUGUUCAUAAAUCGCACUUUCUGUCGAUUGACCAGCGACGGAAUUGCUGAUAGGUACAUGAUAGGCCAUUAUAGUUUGUUCUAACCUAAUUUUUGGAAAAAUUUGGAAAAACGAGCAUAAUAUAGCUUGGGCUCUUUUUAUAAAAGUAGCUGCUAGCAUAAUCAGCAUAUAUUUAACUUUAAUAAAUGGAAUAUUACCAGA